GGAAAAGAAAAAGAAAAGCGUAAGUGAUAUGCCACCCUAAGCUUAAGAUUCCUUAUAUUUUGCUGCAUCUGCACUGUGUGUGUUGCUUUCUUGUGCAUUCUGCUCUAAAUUGAGAAGAAGAGAGGGAUCCUGCUUAUCCAACACAAAUUCAAAUGUUUUCUUCGAAUUCUAUGGCAGUAAGAAAAUGGUGGACGUGGAAUGCUGAUUAUGAGGAGGAGAAGGAACAGAGGAGAUGCGAUUCCCAAUCGGCAGACAUCACUCUGUUUCCACAAGAUAAAGAUGAGUUUUCACAGGAGGAGGAGGAGGAGGAAGAGGGGCAGAGGGAGGAGUUUACAAUUGUCGAAGAUGUAGACAAUGAAACCCUGUACUUCACUCCAUCUCCAUCACUUCUGAGUUACACUAGUUGUCCAUCAAGCCUAGAUACGGAUUCAGGUGAGGGGGAACACCAAUUCUCUUGCAAUGACAGUAAUGAUGAAGAAGAAGAUGGAGUUCCUUAUUGUUAUGAGUCGAGUGUUACUCCGCAAUCACAAGAAUAUAUGGAGGAGAGUACCAUGGAGCAUCGUGUUACAAGGAUAGAAAAUGAAAAUGAAAAUUUGGACAAGGAAAAUGAUACUGAAUUUGGCACUAGUAAGGGAGAAUUGAAAGUAGAAGAACGGAAAUUGGACAUCGACAUCUUUAAUAAUGUGUUGAUUUUCGAGCCUCCCGAGGCGGAACGAGAGUACCAGGACAAGGAGGGGGAGGAUGAGGAGGAGGGAUUGCCACGCUCAUCAACAGACUUGCUCAGCUUUAGCUCUAGCUCUAGUAGCACAAAGGAUAAUGAGAAGGAGACAGGGAUGGUGAGUGAGGAAGACAGAAUGAGAAACUCUAUUCAAUCAGUGGUAGAUGGGCAGUUUAGGUCUCUGGUAGGAAAACUUAUAGCUGCAGAUAAUUUGAAUGCUGAGAGGUGGAAAGAAAUAAUUUGUUCAUUGUCAUGGGAAGCCGCUUCGCUUAUUAAGUUAGAUGCUUCAAAGGAAGGAAAAGCAAUGGACCCUCGAGGCUAUGUCAAAGUCAAGUGUAUAGCAUGUGGCCACCACACUGAAAGCGAGAUAAUUAAAGGAGCGGUUUUCAAGAAGAAUGUAGCACACAAGCACAUGCCCACAAGAUAUAAGAAUCCUAGGUUGCUGCUGCUGGGAGGGGCUCUUGAAUAUGAUGGGCCUUCAAGCCAGCUCUCAUCCUUCGAUAAUUUGCUGCAACAGGAGAAUGAUUUUUUUCAUAUGAUCCUUGGGAAAAUUGAAGCUCAUCGUCCUAAUGUAGUGUUGGUAGAAAAGACUGUUUCCCGUCCUGCCCAAGAAUUCUUUUUGGCCAAGGAAAUAUCAUUGGUGUCAGAUUUCAAUAAAUCACGCUUAGAGUACAUUGCGCAAUGUACUGGUGCACAGAUUGUUUCAUCUCUAAACAAUCUUUCUGUAACAAAUGUAAUGCACUGCGAGCAUUUUCAUAUUGAAAAAUUUGUUGAGGAGCAUGGCAGUACUGGCAACGUUGCUAUAAAGUUAACCAAACACUUGAUGUUCUUUGAGGGUUGUCCAAAGUCUUUGGGUUGUACGAUUUUGCUAAAAGGGGCCAGUGGAGAUGAGCUGAAAAAAGUUAAACGUGUUGUUCAGCAUGCAGUUUUUGCAGCAAACCAUUUGGUUCUUGAGACAUCCUUCCUUACAGAUGAAAGGGCCAGGUUUCUUGAAACUCCCUCUCAUUCUGCAGCAAUUGUUGGCAAACCAAGCAGACAAAUGCAUUCAGAAACAUCCAUUUGUACAAUACAUGGUUUUGCAGUUCCUGUUCUACAUAAAGCACAUGCAGGAGAAUUUAAAGAACAUAACAAAGAUAAAAGUCUCGCCAUUUCUCCUCAUCUUUCAAGAGAUUAUUUGAACAAAAUUGAGCAAGAUUCUGAACCCACUAUUUCUACUGGACCUUUACAGAUAAAAGAAUGUGUUAGCAUGCCUAGUUGCAGGGAUGUUUGUCCAACAAAUGAGGUGAUGCUUCAAAAAUCUAUAAAUGCAGCUUAUCGUGGGGUUUUGUUGUCACCUGUAUCUUCAUCUCCUUUAAUGUCUGGGUUAUCUGCCUCUUUAAAAUGGGCCUUUGGGGAAGCUUUCCCACUUACUGAUAGAAGCUCAUAUGCAGCAAUUACUUCUUAUUUGGGCAUGAAGGAUUCAGAAUCUAACAAUUGCACUACAGGUGAUGUAUCCACAUUUUCUGAUACUUCUGGAACUGAUGAUUGUAGAAAGAUCUCUGAAGAAUCACCUGGUAAAGUGCAGUCAAAGAAUGAAGGAAUAACUGAUAUUCGGAAUGAUUUUGACUCCUUAGAUUCUGAGCCAAAAAUCGAAUCCAAGAACAAAGAUUGUACUCAUUAUGAAGGAGGAAUCUCUAAAGAAGGCUUAACAACUUCUCUUUCUUUACAUCAGAGUAUUCUGGUUUCUUUUUCCAGCCACUGUCUUUUGAAGGGAACUGUGUGUGAAUGUAGCCAUGUCUCUCGUAUCAACUACUAUGGAAGUUCUGACAAGCCUCUUGAAAGGUUCAUGAAGGAUAGAUUAUUUGUCCAGAGUUCUCGCUGCCAUGCUUGUGAUCAACCUCCAACUGCUCAUGCUUAUUUUUAUACACAUCGGCAGGGAAAGCUUACAAUAUCUGUUCAACAGCUUCAUUCUGAUUUUAUUUUACCCAGUGUAGGGGAAGGGAAAAUAUGGAUGUGGCAUCGUUGUCUGAGAUGUGAAUGGAAAGAUGGAAUUCCACAGGGAAACAGGAGAGUAGUGAUGUCUGAUGGAGCUUCAGUUCUCUCCUAUGGAAAAUUUUUAGAGCUUAUUUUCUUAAAUCAUAUUGAAGCACAUAUUGCAAGUUGUGGACAUUGCUUGCAAAGAGACUGCCUUCAAUUUUACGGGUUGGGCAAUCUGGUAGCAUGUUUCCAUUAUUCUGCCAUCAAUGUUUUUGGGGUUUGUUUGCCUUCUAAAAUAAUGUUCAACCACUCAAACCAGCAAGAAUGGCUCGGAAAGAAAGUGGCAGAGGUUGCAGAAGAGGGGUCAAACUUCUUUUCAGAGAUUUUGCGUUUGAUUCACGGGAUUAAAUGCAAUGUUACUGGUGGGUUGAGAGAUCUUUCAAAAAUUGAAGGAAUGCUACAGGAAGAGAGGCAAGAAUUCAAGGACUCAUUGCAAAAGGCUAUAACUAAAAACUGGCAGCCAGGUCAACCAGCUGCUGAUAUUUUGGAGCUCAAUUGUUUAAGACGGAAACUUCUUUUUGAAUCUUAUGUAUGGGAGUGCCGUUUCAGUCAGUUGCUUUCAUCAGUUGAAGUUGAAAGAUCUUUGAUAAGUUCUGUUAUUAAACCACAAGAUCUCGAUAGCUCUGUGGAGAAGCAAACCGGGAGUAAUGAAAAAAUAGGGAGUCACAUGGCCAAUAAUCAUGAUGGGAGUGUCAGUGGCUUCAAUUUAUCUUCUAUGCAUGGUGAUGGCCAUGGGGUAAAUAGUGAAUGUACUGGCACUAAAGAGACAAAACUUGGCUGUGAGAAAGUGAUUGCUGAUGAAAUUGUCCAGUCCCUUAACAUUCCUUGCAGUCUACAGGAUGUAAAUUUGGUGGACCAACUGACAGAGGUACCAAAAACAUAUGAUAAGUCUCUGGACUUGAUGGUGGAUGGAAAGCAGCCUAUCAGAAACUUUGAUAUAGCUGGGCAGGAAAUGACAUCUCAGUCUACCAGCAACAAAUGUUCUGCCAGGGACAAUAUUUCAGGAAAUCAAGCUCUUGGUUUAGAGGGUAGAAAGGUUGACUUGAGUCUUUUGGAAGGAAAUUUGCAAUUUCACAGACCACCAUCAGAAGGGAAUUCUUGUGGUGUCUCUGAUCUUUCUGAUACAUUUAAUGCAGCAUGGACUGGUGCUCACUUAUUUGCAUCCCACGCUUUGAAUAAGAUACUGAAUUCUGAGGAAGUCAGCGAACUGCCUUUUGAGAAUUCAGUCCAACAAAGCCUAAUUCAAUCAAUUGUUAACAUUGAGUCUUGUGACUCUAAUUUGAACAUGCAAGAUAAGGAUGUUUUAAAGCCAAGUACAAGCACACCUUCAUUGCCUGUCAAAUCUUUUAAUGAACUAAAAGACUUCAAAAACUUAAUUUGGCAUCCAUUUUCAUGCUUGUAUGUUGUUUUAAGCAAGGCUUCUCAAGAGUUUCUCUAUAAGUUGAUCAGUCAAUACACCCCAGUGUUAGUAAACUCGGCUUUUACACUGCUCAAUCAAGGUGCAGCCAGGUUACUCCUACCUUCUGGCAUUAAUAAUAUUGUAAUUCCUGUUUAUGAUGAUGAACCAACAAGCCUAAUAGCUUAUGCUCUUUCAUCUAAACAAUACUGGGCCCAGAUUUCAGAUAACACAUUGGAAGAGAAGCAGAGAGACAAACAUGAGGACAUUCAGAGAGAAAUCAUAGAUUCAAUUGGUACUGAUAGAGUUGUUUCUCGAUUACAUAAAAACAUUGAUCUUUCGUCAGAGGUGUCUGAAUUUGAUUAUGAAGGUAGAAGUAAUUCCUCUGAGAAUGCUUCUACUUCUGGUUCACAUGGGACUGCAGAUUCAGAACCAUUGCUACAUACAAAGGUCACACAUGCAGAAAUUAGUUUUAGCGAUGUAUGUCAACUUGGAAAGGUGAAGUACUCAGUAAUUUGUUAUCAUGCAAAAAACUUUAGUGCUCUUAGAAAAAUAUGUUGUCUAACAGAGAUAGACUUUAUAUGUUCUUUGAGUCGUUGUAAAAAAUGGGUAGCACAAGGUGGAAAGAGCAAAGUUUUUUUUGCCAAAACUUUAGAUGAUAGAUUUAUUAUCAAGCAGCUCACCAAGACAGAAUUGGAGUCCUUUUUGAAGUUUGCCCCAGAAUAUUUCAAACAUCUUACGAACUCUCUAAGCACAGGAAGCCCCACUUGUCUUGCAAAAGUACUUGGAGUCUAUCAGGUUAGUAUAAAGCAGUCCAAAGGCAGCAAAGAUGGAAAAAUGGAUCUUAUGGUGAUGGAAAACCUUUUCUUUGGGAGAUCUGUAACAAGGAUUUAUGACCUUAAAGGUUCUCUUCGCAACCGCUACAAUCCAGAAUCCAGUGGAGUUCUUCUAGACCAGAAUUUAAUUGAAGCAAUGCUAUCUUCUCCAAUCUUUGUUGGGAACAAGGCGAAGCACCAUCUGGAGCGAGCUGUUUGGAAUGAUACUUCUUUUCUUAAUUCAAUUAAUGUGAUGGACUAUUCAUUACUUGUUGGAGUUGAUGAAGAGCAACAAGAACUGGUUUUGGGAAUUAUUGAUUUUGUGAGGCAAUAUACGUGGGAUAAGCAUCUUGAAACUUGGGUAAAAGCCUCUGGAAUUCUUGGAGGUCCAAAGAAUGAGUCACCUACUGUUAUUUCUCCAAAGGAAUACAAAAAACGGUUUAGGAAGGCGAUUUCUAACUAUUUUCAGACAGUUCCAGAACCAUGACCUCCUCAUCUUAUUCCUUCACUGAUGAAAUCAGAUGAUAAUAAUAUGAGAAAAAGUAUUGGAGACAAUGUUCGAUAGUAUUGAUUGUGUGAAAAGAAGCAAGAUUGUUUCCCCCUAUCUGUUCCUUUGUGAGUGGUAAAUUGUUUUCUGUAAAUUUCUUUGGAUUAUAUUUUUUCGUUGGUAUUUGAUGUGAGUUGGGUCUGUAAGUUGCCGUGUACCACUAGCUAAUUGAAAUAUGAAUUUUCAUCUAGUUGGUGUAAAUUGAGAUUGUUCAGUGAAUUUCCAUAAUAAAUAUAAUCUUUGUAACUUCCAUUUUCA